AUGAUAUUUCUAGUUGUUAUACCAUUAAUGCUAAUGACUUUGGCUCAUUCCGAAUCUAACAAUGAAGUUGAUGUCAUGCUGCUCUCGCAUUGUGAAUUUCUUGCCCGAGUAUCUCCGUCAUAUUUUUGGAACUUCAUUGACUUAGUUGGAAAGGAAGUGCUUAAGCAAAAUUACUAUAAUUCAGAAUCUACAAGUGCUCUUUUUUCAAUGGGAGAUGUCUCUAAACCCAUCAUGGGAUCCGAUUAUAAUAGACUACUUCGGCUUGUCAGUAUGGCGCUUGAAACCACCAGUUCAUCCUUUGGUGAUGCUUUGGAUCCAUUGCAAAGAGGCAUAUUUCACUUAAUGCUGGCCUCGAGCUCUUUCUCUCCAGCUGUGGAAACGGCUCACCAAAUCGCAAUAUCUUCCUCGUCGUUUAUUCACGCUUAUCACAAUUCAUCUGAUUUCAGCGGCAAUAUUCCCUGUGAUCCUGGUGUAGUUUGGGCUCAAAUAGGAUCCACGACCAUGAUAAGCCCACUGGGGAUCGAUCUAGAAUAG